AAUGGAAGCAAAAUCAACUUACCAAGCGUAAUUAAACUCUAUGUUGGAUUUAACGAAUGUAUUCAUGAUAAAACCAAUGAAUAAAAAUGGCCUUGAUCUUAAGAUAGCAAUUGAUUAUAACCCUUAAUAUAGCGAGUAAGUUUAAAUUAAAAUUUCAGAACUCUAGGAUGUAUGUAAAAUAUUGUACCAAUAUUUAACAACGAUGGAGAUCCUACAUAACAUGGGUUCAUACUACAAAUAGAUCAAGUAUAUAUAUUUUGAUAUUUUCUAGACUAUUCAUUUAUCAAAUAGUACUCAUUAUAGGAAUUAAUAUGAAAAGAAACUAGCAGAAGUUAAAGAAAAGAAUAGAAAUCUAGUAAAUAUUUAAAUUCACUUUUAGUUUGUACCUAAACCAAAAGGAACUAAGAUCUUCUGUAAUGUUUGUAAAGAAUACAUUGAAGAUUAUCUUCAAGUAAGUAAUUACAAUAAUUAGCAUACUGAAUCAAGAAACCACAAAUUGAAGUUUAGGAAGAACAAAGUUAUCAACCUCAUUUCCUCAAUGGUUGAUGAGUUUUAGAAGACUCAAAGUAUACCUCAUAAUACACUGAAUCUUCCUUCCAAUUCUGAUAAUUGUGGUUACUAUUAGUCCAUCUUAGAUGAAAGCACUGAACAUUGUGACACAACCUAAUAAUAAGAACCACAAUCUAUCAAAAAGAUUAAAAUGAAUGAUGGUGUCAGCGCUUACAACAAGUUGGGCAACUCGUAAUAAUUUUCUAUUAAUAUUUUUAGUCUUGUAAAUAGCUCUGAAUAAUCAUUCAACGACAAGUUCGGAAAGUAGUGUCUUUGAA